AUGGAGCCAGAGUGGGUGUUCAACCCACCGACCAGUAAGUCAGCUGACGAAGGGCUACUUCCCACCAGGGAGAGAACUGCAGCCAUGGAUACUAUUUUAAUCGACCAAUUGGAAACCUUGAAGCACAAACUUGCUCAAAUGGAGCAGCAGAUAAACAGCAACCAGACCGGCAGUUUACACCAGCCCCCAACGAUCUCUCCCGAGACCAAGUCAGCGUUUGCGGAUGAUGACGAUGAAUUUAUAAUGUUCAAAGGCCUGGAGUAUUUGCAUCAAAGCGAUCCCAGAGUUUGUCAUGCGAACGAGCUAUUUACUCCCCGUUCCAUCAUGUUGAAAGAUCCGUUGAUGAAGUUCCUCAAGGAGAACGUCAAGGUACAGGAGUUUCGCAGACACGCACAAGGUCGCAAUGAUUUUCUACAUUGUUCUUCGCCGUGGUACUCUGGCUCCCGAAACUCAAAACUGGACGACAAGUUCGAGGAGAAGGUUUUAAGAAGACUUCCUCAUAAAAUGGUCAAGGAACCAGUUAUGACUAAAAACGGACCGUUUUCCACGAGUGAGUCUCGUGAGAUCAACGGAUCUGUUCUUGAGGAAGCGCUGCCAAGCAAAAAGAGCGUGUGGCUCCUUAUCGAUAGAUUCUUCGAGUUCUGGCAUCCUCUGUAUCCAUUCCUUGACCAGAAAGAAUUCACUGAGAGCCUUGUCGAUCUCAUUGGCGAGCGCACUUCAGAGGACGUCCAGAUUAAUAUCUAUGGAAUUUACCGAAGCAGACUGGUGUUUCUGUCUUUAGUUCUGUACCUGAUUUAUCUCGGUCAGCUUACGCUAUACAAUAUCACCAUGGAACCAAUUCCAGAAUCAAAAACCAAUGAAGACCUGGCUUUUUUGGUCUCGCAUCCGCUACACGAGAAAUUGCUUAAGGUUGCACUCAACUGUGGGUACUGGGGUAACAUCUCAGAUAUACCCACGCUGUUGACUGUCCAAAACUUGUUGUACUCAAGAAUCGCAUUCAAACACUCUCCUGAAGAAGGAGACCAUACUGAUAUAGACGCUUUGAUCGGUCUGCUUUUGCGUUCAAGUCAAACAAUUGGACUCAACAGGGACCCUUGUAUUCUUGGCUCAGGAGACGACUUGAAACGAAUCAAUUUAUGGAGAAAACUUUGGUACGGGGUCAUGUGUGUGGACUAUGGCUGGGGGUUCACGAACGAUGCUCUUGGGCCUCGAAUUUCCCAGUACAACACCAAAUUGCCGGUUUUUCUGGGUGCCACCAAUGCCAAUGUCAGCGAACUAGAGAACGAGCGUGCUUCCAUCGCGCUAAUCAACUGCCGCACGGAAUUCAACAAGAAGUUUGCCAAUUUAUCGACACUCAUAAUGAACAUUGACGGAAAGGUCAAAGUCAGCCAGAUUCUCGACGCUUUGAAUGAUAUUGCAGACCUUCAGGAACAACUAACCGGCGAUAUUGACGAUUUUUUGAAGCCAGGAUCACUCUGUUCCAAGGAUAAGUUUUACCGUGUGCGCAAGAUAUCUGGUCUAUGUUCCUACCUUGAAGUUCAGACACUGUCCUCGCUGAUGAACUAUCAUAUUUUCUUGUUUUAUGAGGAAAAGGGACAGGUCGAGAAGGCCAAGCGCUUGCUGUUAAAAUCAUUGUCUCAGGUCAUCAACAUCCACCGUCUUGUCGGAGCAAUUGUUUUCGAUCUUUCGAGUUAUUUUGGCUCCGGAAACGACCACAUCCUUGCUUCUACUCUGAUCGAGUCUACUGGCCGUACUCGUUGUAUUGUGUUUGCUACGUUGGUCCGUGUGCACCACGUUUCCUACAACCGGUUUUUGCGCGCUCAGCUGGAUCCGGACACAGAGAAACUAUUAGAGGAGCUGCUUGAGACGGGAAACAAGGUGGUAGUUUCUGGUUUCCGCUUCCAAGGAAGACUUUCAGCGUCACAUUUCAAUGCCUGGUUCUUCUGUAAAGUGCACACUUUUGCGUACCGCAAGAUCAUGCCCCUGAUUCUGGAGGAUAUCUUCAAUCGUGCAAAAGAGCCCAAAAUGGACAUGCACAAGCUGGACUACAAUUCGAUGCUCAAGUGGAAUACUGCCGAUUUCCGGUGUAUCAUUGACACCAUGAUGAACAAAAAUGAUAGCACUCCACAUACUUCGGUAAGCACAAAGGUGUCUCCAGACACGGACAGCUCGAUCAACGGCCACCAGGUGAUCGACUCAGGUUGGAUAGGCAAGCUCAUCAACAACAAAUGGUACCCCUACAUGGACGGGAACGUUUUCACGCAAGACAACGACCAGUCGAUGAAAACAGAACAAACACCGCUGCUUACGGGAACGGAGCUCAACCCGCUCGGAGAUUUUCCUAACACGGAUGGCAAUCUCGACCAGUUUUUCACCAGCAUUGACUCGCCGUUCUGGAAUGCGUUCUCCUUGUAA